AUGUUUGUCGAACAUAAGCCGGAAUAUCUUUCGAGUACACAGUCUCACACCCCUCCAUCAUGCCACUCAAUGGCCUCCUCCUUCUCAGAGCCCUGGGAGGCAGCAAUCAUGACCCCAACGACACCACCACGAUCGUCAAAUUGUGUAAAGCUCGAAAAUGAAUAUGCUACAUCGUCAUCAUCGUUUUACAACACUCCAGAGAAAUUUGGCGCUAGUUUGGAGUACUCUCAGUUAUCUCAUAUACCAGAAGAUUCGAUGUCGGCAUAUUUAAACGUACCUAUAGAGUUUUCCAGAGAUAUGCAAGCUUCAACGAACAACAGUUUCAUGAUGUAUAACACUUUGGAGUACGAUGGACUCCCAGGAACAACCGGCAGCCAGGGACUCUCCAGCGUAGCACCAUCUCUGGAUAUGGAUCCAUACUCACCUUCAGGCUCCGGUUCAUCCCAAGCUUCAGCAGACUUUGUCGUUCCAUCACAAACCACCUUCCUCAACGCUUUGGAGUUCCAGUCACCUAUGAAGGCUGUCGGUUCCAUGCACUUCGAUUUGUCGUAUGACAGUCCAACCUCAUCUCACUUCGCAUCGGAUUUUCCAAUGGAUAAUUCGCCAACAGGCAACCUAGCCAGCAGUAUGACUUACUUCAUGCCACAGUCUUUCGACUACAAAUCCGCUUCCGCAACACCUCAAAAGCCCCAAUUCCGUCAGCCAAUAUGCAGUGGGCUUCCAAGUUCCCUAGCUCUCCGACAAGUCACAAAUAUUCCCAGUCUAAAGCGAGAGACAACUGCUUUAGUGAAGCGAAAAUUGAAACGAGAGGUCAGGGAAGAUAUUCCUCCCAACAUGAAAGUCCACCCCGAAGCAAAGCAUCAAUGCAUGUGGCUUAACUGCGAUCGCAAAUUUCAGAGAAAAGAACACCUGCGAAGACAUGAGAGAAAACAUGCCGGGACAGAUGCGUUUCCGUGCAUUUUUUGCGAAAAAGUAUUUAACCGAUGUGACAACCUCAAACAGCACGUCUGGAUCCACUGCCAACCAAAGAAGAAGGCAUCACGCACAGAUUAUUACCCCGAGGCGAUUUUGGAGUUCAAUCGGAUGAACACGAAGAAGAGAAAGCCAGUUCGAACGCCAGUUCCAAAAGCAGAAUGGCAGGACUGA